AUGCUAGGACCCGAAUAUUUACAUGAAGUUCAGAGACAAGUAACCGUUAUUCAAGAAAGAAUGAAAUCAGCCCAGAACAGGCAGAAGAGCUACGCCGAUAACCGACGUAGGAGUUUGGAGUUUGCAGUAGGACAUUGGGUAUACCUCAAAGUAUCACCCAUGAAUGGAGUCGUAUGUUUCGGUAAAAAGGGAAAGUUGAGUCCUCGAUAUGUAGGACCCUAUGAGAUAAUCGAAAGAGUCGAUCCAGUAGCUUACAGGUUGAGUCUGCCAACAAAGAUGCAAGGAAUACAUAAUGUGUUUCAUGUGUCAACUUUGAAGAAGAGUUUCGGAGAAAAACGGCCAUUAGUUAUUGAGCCCGACGAGAUUCAACUUCAACCCAACUUGUCUUAUACAGAAUGA